UUAACCACUCCCCGUCCAGCCCAUGUACAUAAACGGCUGGAUGGGAGCAGUGCGAAGCGAGUGGCCGUUUAGAAACGGUGCUCGCAUUUACAGCCUGUGUGCGCUCCCUGGGAGUGUGUGGCACCCCAAUCCAGUGCCCGCUGUGUACUCCGGACACAGCAGAACACCGAUUGCUGUACGGGACCUCUGUGUGAAGUCCCGAUUCAUACGAUCACUGAUUAGCCAAUCAGUGAUCACAUGCAGAGUAGUAAGCAAGAUGUCACUUCUGACAUCAUUGCUUACUACGUGUGAAAUCUAUGAAUGAUCACAGAGGUCACAUGGAACAAGGCUAUUCACAACAGCCUUGUACCAUGUGACAAGCUGUGACCAAUCACAGCUCACACAGUA